GGGCAUAAGCUUUAUAAAAAGCAGUUCAGUUUGGUGAUGGUGUUUCCCGUACCGAGGAGGAAUCAGAGGAGGAAGAAGGGCUCAACCUUAAUUUCAUCACUGUUCCUCUCCUCAUUGAUGCCCUCAUCCUUGCCCGGCGGCGUUGGCUGUUUUUGGAAAUGGAUCGCAUUCGUAGAAGCUAGUAGCAGGCUAGCAGCGGUGGCGAAGGAGGACUGUGGGGCUCGGUGGGGACGCCUUCAAAUGUUGGAAUAGCCAUCGCCGUUACGGCCACGGCCGGCCUCGCCUUGUACGUGUCCGCUACCAUCUUCUACACUCGUAGGUAAAAGCAAAAAACGAAAAAACAGUAGCAUCAGGAUGGGAAGCAUCUAGGUUUGGAAAAAAGUAAUUUAUUUGAUAGAAAUUCUGGAAGAAUUCGUAAGAAUUGUUGCUGAUUUAGAUAGGUUGGUAGAUUAUGUUAGCGGAACAGAAACCUUUGAUGAGAGUCCUACGGCGAAUUCAGACAUCUUCGCCGUCGAGGUUGUCGAAUUCUUCUUCUCCAACAUCGUCGUCAUCGUGGUAUCAUUUGCGAACGUUUCUAUUAGUAGUUGCUUUCUCCCAUUCAUCAUCGUCAUCUUGCUCACCAGUCUCCAGUGAUCGGGGUACCCUAAAAUCACCUUGGUCCAGGAGGAGAAGAAAACAUGCCCUUAAACCAAAACAAUGGAAAAGUUUGUUUACACCUGAUGGAAAACUCUGUGAUGGUGGUGUCCAGUUUCUCAAAAAAGCCCGAAAAGGAGGUGUUGAUCCAAGUAUAAGAGCAGAAGUUUGGCCAUUCCUUCUUGGAGUCUAUGAUCUGAACAGCUCCAAAGUGGAAAGAUAUUCUAUUCGAAUGAAGAGAAGAAAAGAAUACGAGGACUGGAGAAAACGUUGUCGACAUAUUCUUAAGCGAGAAAUUAGGAGCUUUGGGUUGAAGCAAACCAUUGGAAACGACAGCAAUGUGGACAGCAGGGAUUUCAGUCAGGUUUUCGAUUCUACUAGUUUUGAAGAUGUGGCGAGUGUCAGGAGGUCUAUUUGCAUUGAGGAAGCCAGCAUAGUAGGUAAUGAAUUAGUCUGCAGAGUAUGUGGUCAGCCUCUUCCCCCCUCUGAGUCAAGACGGGAAGGAGAUAGUGAGAAGACUGUAAUUACCUGUGAUUGUGAAGAUGCUUCUGUUGGUGACACAGAGACAGAGUCAUCUGAUUCUGACAAUGAAUCUGAAAAUGUGCCCUUCCUUGCAACUGAACUGACUAGAGAAAAUGACUUUCAUAUGCAUGCGCAAGACUAUUCCUCUCCAUCUAAUUCAGAAAGGAAUUCAGUGUCCCAUACAGAUGAAGAUUUUGUUACAUGGCAGAGAAUUAUCCGCCUCGAUGCUGUGCGCUCUAAUGAUGAAUGGAUCUCAUAUUCACCAUCUCAGAAUGCAGUAUCAGAGAUCAAGGCACGAAGACUGGCCAACAGUGUUGGCUUGAAGGACUACGAUCACUUGGAGCCAUGCAGGAUUUAUCAUGCUGCUCGCCUGGUGGCUAUCCUUGAGGCAUAUGCCCUAUAUGAUCCAGAGAUUGGUUAUUGCCAGGGAAUGAGCGAUCUACUUUCUCCAAUUAUCUCAAUUGUGGAGGAGGACCAUGAAGCAUUCUGGUGCUUUGUAGCUUUCAUGAAAAAAGCUCGUCAUAAUUUCCGUCUUGAUGAGGUUGGAAUCCGGAGGCAGCUCAACAUUGUCUCAAAGAUUAUAAAAUGCAAGGACAUUCAUCUGUACAGGCACCUAGAGAAGCUUCAAGCAGAGGACUGCUUCUUUCUGUACAGAAUGGUGGUGGUCCUUUUCAGGAGGGAAUUAAGCUUUGAGCAGACAUUGUGCCUGUGGGAGGUGAUGUGGGCAGACCAGGCAGCAAUUCGAGCUGGAAUUGCCAAAUCUUCCUGGGGAAGGAUGAGACUAAAAGCUCCUCCUACUGACGAUCUCUUGCUUUACGCCAUAGCAGCCUGUGUAUUACAAAGGAGGAAGCUCAUUAUCGAAAAGUAUAACAGCAUCGAUGAGAUCAUGCGAGAAUGCAAUAGCAUGGCAGGACAUCUCGAUGUGUGGAAACUUCUCGACGAUGCUCAUGAUUUGGUGGUCACACUUCAUGACAAGAUUAGGUGAUCCCUUUUGGUGUUCUUUAUCGAUGUUUUAUCUUUUGUUCAUUCUAACCUCACCAUUCACCAUUUGGGAUCCUUCUAAACUGAGGGAUCCGCAUGCAGGCAAUUUCUUUGUUGUUAAGAUUAUGGAUUGUAAUAUAUGAUGCAUUGCCCGCGCUCAGGGGGUUCCUCCUUCGAGUGACAGUGGCAUCACCAAAGAUUUUAGCAUUAUUGAUGUUUACAUUGAGAUCGCAAUUUUGA